UCUCUCUCUCUCUCCUUCUUCAUCUCAGGCUAAUGGGUAUCACUGUCAGUGGAACCGUUGAGGAGUCUAAUAUCCACUGUGACCUACUCUGCUUUUAAGCCUCUUUGGUCAUUGAUCUUGUUCGAAGACUUUAAAGGACAACCAUCGAAGAACAAGAAGAGUAGGUUCGGUACUGAUCGUUUCAUUUUGAGGUUUCUAUAUUUAGCAACUUGCUUACUUCAGUUCAGACGCUUUCUCUCUCUCUCUUAAGACAUGGGAAAGGCACCUGGUAAAUGGAUCAAGACUUUGCUUCUCGGGAAGAAGUCACCAAAGUCUAAUCUUGUUGUGUCGGCGGUGAAGGAUGAUUUUUCAAACUUAUCCCUUGACCCUCCUGUGGCUUCAUCACAACCGGAUACAGCUUCAUCUGCUCAAAAUGUUGUUCCCCCAAGCAACGGUGAUGAUCUUGAGCCGAGGAGUGAUGUGGAUGAACUCAAGCUUGGACAAGCUGCAAGUAAGAUUCAGGCCGUUUACAGAGCUCGUCAGGCACGUAGAGAGAUUCGGACCCUUAAAGGUAUCAUCAGGCUGCAAGCAGUUAUCCGUGGUCACCUGGUCAGAAGACAAGCCGUUGCUACUUAUUCAUGUAUUUGGGGUAUUGUGAAGUUUCAGGCCCUUGUUCGUGGCCGCAUAGCUAGAUCAUCUUCAGACAGUGUGAUUCAGUGUCACAAACCAAAUAUGGAAGUUAAUGAUUCCGAAGCUUUGCAAGUGAGCAUGUGUAGUUGGAUGAAUGAUCCUUCAAAAUUCAUCAUUGUCAAAAAGCUUCUGGCUUCAUCACCAACCGCAUUGCCUCUGAAGAUCCAGUAUGGUCCUGAGGAACCUAACUCAGCUAACGUUUGGCUAGAACGCUGGACACGGUUGCAUGUUUGGUCUCCUCCUCCACGAGCAGCUAAGAUUCUUGUUCCACAAACUAAGACGAAGAAGCGAAAUUAUCAAGCAGUGGUUGACUCAGAAAAGGCGAGACCAAAGCAAGGUGUCAAGAAACAAUCAGUCCCAGCUAGUGGAAAGGGCUCUAACCGUUCGUCUACAACUGAAAGUGAGAAACCUAAACGAAGUACUGUGAGGAAGGCUUCCACGCUUAGUAAAGAUCCCCUGAGAACUGAGAGUGACAAGGCGAAGCACAAGCCAAGAAAGAGUAGAAGCGCCGCCUCAAAGGAGGAGGUUAAAGAAGAGAAGCCUAGGCCUAGUCUUAAAAGGUCUUCUCUUUCGAACUCGUCUUUGAAAGUCACCCGUAAAUCUGCUGAGAAGAGGAAAGAGACUGUGGAUUCUGUGCAGAUAGAGCCUGAAGUGAAGGUUUCAGAUAAUGUUGAGUCUGCUGAAAAGGAGAAAGAUGCGGCAGAUUGUGUGCAGAUAGAGCCUGAAGUGAAGGCUUUGGAUGUUCUUGAAGGAGGAGGAGACGAUGUUGAGUCUGCUGAAAAGGAGAAAGAUGCUGCAGGUUCUGUGCAGAUAGAGCCCGAAGUGAAGGUUUUGGAUGUUCUUGAAGGAGGAGGAGACGCUGUUGAAUCAGCUGAAAAGGAGAAAGAUACUGCAGAGUCUGUGCAGAUAGAGCCUGAAGUGAGGGUUUCAGGUGUUCUUGAAGGAGGAGACGCUGUUGAAUCAGCCGAAAAGGAGAAAAAUUCUGCAGAUUCUGUUCAGAUGGAGACUGAAGUGAAGGUCUCAGAUGAUCUUCAAGGAGGAGAGAAGGAGAAAGAUACCACAGAUGUAGUUGCUAAGGAGCUUGAUGUCGAAGAAAAAGAGAAAUCACCAGAGGAAGAUGAACUCAGAACUUCAGAGACCAAUGAUAAAGGUGAAGAAGACCUCAAAUGCUCAGAUGUGAAGGUAAGCUCUGAGAAUGGUAAUAUUUCUUCUGAUAACUCAAAGCCAAGUGAAAGACGAGUGUCACCGCACUAUCAAGAUGAAGGGCGUACACAUAGCGGGAGGAAAAUCCCCAGCUACAUGGCCCCAACUGCAUCUACAUUGCGGCGCCAUUCUCUGCCUUCUCCAGCCAAUGGUAAGCCGGGUGUUACUACUACUAUGUCUCCAAGGGCUCACAAGCUUCUCCUAGCCUCGGCCAAAGGAUCUAUGAACGGCGACAAAUCUGCUUCUUCUUCGAAGAACAAAAGUGAUAAGUCAAACAAAACCGAGUGGAAACGGUGAAGGUUCAGGCAAAGAGAUUUCAUCUCGUUGUCAUAUACAAUCAAGCUUAAUUAUUUAGUGUGAUCUUUCUCUUUCUCUGCGUUUGGUUUGGUAAGCUUAGAGAGUGUUUAGUCAGAGUUCAUGUUCGUUUGCUUCAGUUUACUCUGAUUACAUGUUUGAAUGACACUUAAAAGGUUUGAGUAAAUAGUUCUUCUCUGUA